GGUUAUAUACGUCAGCAGAGUUGUGAAGACGGAAGUUUAGAAGGUUCUCUUUUAUAAAAAUUAAAUUAAUUCAACAUCAACAUGUACUAAAUAGGAGAAUUCAACCAGUUGACUCGUGAAAUUUAGAAAAUUUUCCCCAAUUCACAAUGGAUGAUAAGGCCAAGAAAACUUUAAGUGCAAUCCCUUUACUAAAGACUAAGGCUGGUCCUAGAGAAAAAGAUUUGUGGCCCCAGAGAUUGAAAGAGGAAUAUCAAGCGUUGAUUCAGUAUGUCCAAAAUAACAAGGCUGCCGACAAUGAUUGGUUUCGCCUUGAGUCUAACAAAGAAGGAACCCGAUGGUUUGGGAAAUGUUGGUUUUUCCACAAUCAACUGAAGUAUGAAUUUGAUAUUGAAUUCGAUAUCCCGAUAACAUUUCCCAGUACAGCACCAGAAAUUGCUUUACCUGAGCUAGAUGGCAAAACUGCUAAAAUGUAUCGAGGGGGAAAAAUUUGUCUCUCUGAUCACUUCAAACCUUUAUGGGCAAGAAAUGCUCCCAAAUUUGGAAUUGCACAUGCCAUGGCACUAGGGCUCGGACCAUGGCUGGCAGUUGAAAUCCCUGACUUAAUCAGUAAAGGUGUCAUAACGUACAAAGAAAAAUCGGAACAAUCUACAUGAACAAUUGAACCAGAACCAUUCCAAUCCACAUUUUUCGGCACCUCCUGAUGAUCAAACAGCAGUAUGAUGUCUCUGAAUCAAAAGUGCAAUGAAGAGUGUAUUUGCUUCAUUUGCAGUGGCGUGGCGUGCUUUGCGAUACAUCGAUUGAUCGACCAUUUAAACCUAUGGAAAAGUAUCGAUAAACAGGCUACAGGGUGUUCGCAGCGAGCACCUUGAUAAUCGAUUAUUUACCACAGCUUCAAAUGGGGAAAUAUCGAUAGAUCGCAAAGCCUGCCAUGCCACUGAUCAUUUGUGCCAGCUGUAUGAACAUAGGUAAGCUAUCUCUAAAGUUUUUUCUGAGCACACAUUUCGAACAUGUUUAACCCCUUGUUGAGUGGUUUUUCUAGUGAAAGUUAUAUUUCGUAACAUGAUUCUAAUGACAUUCAGGCCAUUCUUAAAAUAAGUUAUUCAGUUGACUCAGAGAUCUGAUGAGGUAUUUCAUCAGGAUUCACCACACAAAGAAUGUAGGUGGGUGUACCAGUUGAAUAAUAGUCGGUUGGUUUCAUCUUAGUGCCUGCAAAAAACUGAUUUUUUUAUGUAUUUUAAAAAACGAAAAGGUGUAAGGAACUAAAAAUUUUCCUGUUGAACAGAAUUAAUUUAAAGGCAUAAAAACUGCAACAUCUCUGUUGCUAAAACCGUUUAAGUUAGUUUUAUGUUCGUUAAUGUUUAGUUAUUUUUUCUACUGUUAAAAAUUUUGAAGAAUCUAAUUACAGAUGAAUUUUUUUAUCAAUCAAGUC